GAACUUGGAACUUGGAACUAUGGAACUUUAGGAAGAUACGUUCUUGAGUUCAUAGUAUAAGUGUGAAGAAUACAAACGGGUCAAGUUUCACAACUACAUACACGAGUUCUGUUCUCACAAACACAACAGCAAACGUCAUCUAUAGAUGAUGAGGGUAUACGUUUGUAGAAUGAGUAGUAUGCGUGUAGCAUUUCGUUAGAAAGCUUCGGUGUGUGCAGUUGUGAUGUUCGAUAGCUGAAAAGAAUUAGGUGUCUAUUUAUGUGUAAAAUUUGUUUGUGAAUUCCAGUGUGUUAAAAACAUUAUUCUGAUAUGUCGUUAAACAACGUUUAUGUCUGUAAACUGUAAACUGCAAUCGAACGAUACGCGAUAAGGAACAGGUGUUGGUUGUAAAAGUAUAAACACGUCUGAAUGUUUUCAACUCACAUUUAUGCAUUUGUAACAUCAAAAGCAUUUGAGUGUUCCAGCGAAACUAUGUGAUAAAAUAAACAUCAUUAGCGCGUUUUUCUUGCAUGCAGGAUCUUUAAGGAAAAAAUACUCUGGUUUAAAUAAGGUGGCAUUUCGUAGUUUCAGCGAGUGGUAUUCAUCCAACGAAAUAACCGGUAGGAUACUAUUGAACGAUCUCUACCACAAUUAUCAUCUCAAUGGAAGAUCCGAAUCGAAUGAUGGGAGGUCACGGUGGCUUAAUGCCACCAAAUUAUGGCAUGCCGACCAACGAUGGUCAAGCAGGAGUGGACAACGAUCCUAGGAAACAAGAUAUUGGCGAAAUUUUGCAGCAAAUCAUGAACAUUACUGACCAAUCCCUGGAUGAGGCCCAAGCUCGCAAGCACACACUUAACUGCCACAGGAUGAAACCAGUUUUGUUUGCUGUGUUGUGCGAAAUCAAGGAAAAAACAGUUCUAUCGCUGCGAAACACCCAAGAAGAAGAACCUCCAGAUCCGCAGUUGAUGCGAUUGGACAACAUGUUGAUUGCCGAAGGAGUCGCUGGUCCAGAAAAAGGCGGUGGUGCAGGUGCGGAUAGUGCCGCGGCAGCAAUGGCCGCUGCCAACGAUUUUUUGUCACAAUCUGAUCUAACUGGUGGACAAGACAAUGCGAUCGAGCAUUCAGACUAUCGUGCAAAAUUAGCCCAAAUUCGCCAGAUUUAUCACCAGGAGCUUGAAAAAUAUGAACAAGCUUGUAGCGAGUUUACCACGCAUGUAAUGAACUUACUAAGAGAGCAAAGCCGUACAAGGCCCAUUACCCCGAAAGAAAUUGAACGUAUGGUACAAAUCAUUCAUCGCAAAUUCAGCUCCAUUCAAAUGCAGCUCAAACAAUCCACCUGUGAAGCCGUUAUGAUCUUGCGCUCACGAUUCUUAGACGCACGAAGAAAGAGGCGCAAUUUCAGCAAGCAGGCUUCUGAAAUUCUUAACGAAUACUUCUAUAGCCACCUAAGUAACCCUUAUCCGUCAGAAGAGGCAAAGGAAGAACUAGCAAGAAAAUGUGGCAUUACGGUUUCGCAAGUUUCAAAUUGGUUUGGAAAUAAGCGCAUUCGUUACAAAAAGAACAUUGGGAAGGCUCAGGAGGAGGCAAAUCUGUACGCUGCCAAAAAGGCAGCAGGCGCAUCUCCGUACUCUAUGGGAGGACCUCCUAGCGGCGCCGCAACUCCAAUGAUGUCUCCCGCCCCUGCGCAAGACUCAAUGGGCUAUUCAUUGGGAUCUGGUGGUUACGAUCAGCAGCAGCCCUACGAUGGUAGUAUGGGAUACGAUCAAUUACACCAGGAUUUAAGUCCGUAAAUUGAUAGAGGAUCAGUCGGGUAUAAAAAAAUCAAUACUUCCGAACGCUACCGGUGCUGUUCAUGGCAACAAUAUCAGGAUUUUGUGUUUAAAAUUUCGUAUGCGUUAUUUUUAACAUUUUUACUACAAACAUUUUGCAACUAAACAGCCACCGAUACACACUAGAAAUGAACAUGGAAUAGCUCUCGAAGCGUGCAAAAUAUGAAGUGUAUCUUUAGUUUUACUUUCUACCUUAGAGUACAUCACACAUCAAGAUGAGAACACAAGUAUACGGAUAAAUGGCAUUAAACUAACUUUGAAAAUAAGUGAAAUAAAGUGUGUUUUGCUGAAAUAAUUGGUUCCCGCAUAACAAUACAAAUAUUUAAAACGAAAAAACAUUGAAUUCAUUUUACAAGGAACAAACGUUUCCAGCCUGCAUUCAACGAUGUUAAUUAAUACGAUUUAGGACAGAUAUCAGGAGUAGUAACGAUACUGCAAAGCAACUUAUUUUAUUCCUACUGAUAAUUGAAAUGGAAAAAGUCGUAUGUAAUACAUCACACUUAUGACAUGUAACUAAUCAUGAAGACAUGUAAUGAGUAGUAGAAUUUGAAAAUAUUUGUUUCUUCGUACCCCAUCCCUUGGCUUUGGUGGAGAAUGGUAUUUUAAUUUCACGAAUUACUAUAUAACGAAUUCAUAAUAUUGACAUUAUGAACCUCUUGGAAUUCAAUAUAUCUCACAUUAUGUGCUCUAUUCUUUUGUUUUUGCAAGAUGGAUUGAAAUGUGCGAAUCAUGCGAAAAAUGUUUUUAUAACAAGCAGCAAGGUUGAAAUAAAAUAGCUGGAUUCUACUGUGUACACUUUACCCGAUGUAUAAAAUUUGCCUGAACCUACUGAUUCAGAAUUCAUGUAUUAAAUAAUUUUUCCCGAUCUAUAAUAUGUGUUAUUUAUGAUGUUACUAUUAUAAUCUCAUAAACUUAGUUUUUUACGCUGGCAGAUUGAAUGCAUUAACAUAAUUUACAUCAAAAGCCCUGCGUACACAGCAAUAAAAAUAUUUUAAAUCUUCGAGAUUGCCACUAUCAGCUGGCAAUGAACCACAAAAUACUUUUUUAUAUUUACUUUACAAAAAAUAUUUUUUGGAUGAUGUUUCAGAAAAAAUAAACGCAUACAAAUACCAUUUUCUUAAUGAAUUUAGAAGACAACAACAUAAACUGCAUAAUUGAAUACAGAGAGAAAUGUAAUCAUAGAGGGAUCUGGGAAUCAAACUCACGAUGUAUACCUUUAGAUAAUAGGAUUGCAUAAGAACGAUGAUAGAAAAAGCAGCGCUACAAUGGAUGAUGCAAUAGCAAUAGAAUGCAACACGCUAGUUGAAUGCAGAAAGUAUAAUGCGUCGCACCAAGGUUGGGAGAUGAUAAUCUUAUGUGAACGUGACACUAAAUACAACAACAUAAAAAGCUACAUCGAAAUUGAAAACUAGAAGAUAAAUACAAAAUUCAACUAUUAUAAGUUGCACAUAUACCGAAUUUUGCCAAUCUGCAGGGAAUCUAUUGAAUUAAAACUGAAGACAUAUAUUUAUCGUGUUUUAUUUUGAAGGACUAUUAAAAACUACGUGAAAGAUUAAGUUCAUCCUGCAUGUGCAUUAUUUUAGCCGAAAUUUGCUUAAAUUCCUAAUGGUUUGAAUUACCGAGAAGUUAUGACAGUAUACAAAAGAUAAAACUAUCAUUCAUAGCAUCGGAUGAUGAAGCACCUAUGCGGGCAGUAAGCACCAUGGACAUUGUUUAUGGUGUAAAUUAUAUACGUAAUUAAAAAAUAAUGAACUGUAAAGAAUCUGCUUAACUUGGGGCGAAAACUUUCUACAACAAGGGAGUAACUCACGAACAAAAAUUUUGCGUAGUGAAAAACGGCAAAAGAAAAAUAAAACAAAAUCUUCGGUAAAAGUUAUAACACCUCGACAGUCGAUUUUAUUUCAAACCAUAUUGAAAAAUAUGGUUCAAAAUAUGGCUAUCAAUUCCAUACUGAAUGAAAACGCAAUGGGACACACAUUUAUGAUAAUUUUUGUAUAAGGCUAAAACUAUACCACAUAUUAGUUUUCAUUUUUUUAAAUAUUUUGUUUGCUUCUUUUGGAAGCGUUAUAUACAUGUAAUUAAACAAUUUUGAAUUUGACUAUUCUUUUGAAUCCUCAAACGUUUCUAAGCUACUUGCCAGUAUUUGUGAUGUGCCCAUAAAAUAUGAUCCAUAUUUUCUUCCCUCUUGGAAUUAUCGUUUCUAUUAAUUUUUUGAAGAUGUGUAAUUUCGCUGUAAACAAUAAACAAACAGUACAUUGUAAAAUAUUAGAAACUGAUGUACAACUAGUGUACCAGCAAAAGUGCUGCGAUCAAUUGUGUGAUUACAAUACAGAUGUAAAUCCUGAGCAAAUAAUAUAGAAGCAGCCAAAAUCUUCAAUUAACCAUAGGCCGUAGCAUUUUUUGCUUCGUUUGAGUAAAAAAUCAGUGAGUAAAUUAUAGCAAAGAGAGCUUCCAAUAGUCAAAAAACGGUUAUUACCGUGAUUUGACGUACGACGCCUCUUGCGAAAUACAAACAGAAACAAGAUAAAAUACAUCUGAAACGUCAACGACAAUAUACGUAUGGAAAGUGUAUGUAGAUGCAAAAAAAAACUAGAAAUAAAUAAUCUGCGGAAACAAAAUCAUUAAAAAAAUGUAUGAAUGACACGUUGAAUGCAAAAAGUGUUGGAUCGCUUGAGCAGAUGAAAAAAAAUUGAGUUGAAAAAAAUAAUCAUUUGUAUACGAAUUAAGAAGAAAAUAAUUUCAAGAAAAUCUAAUAAUUUCUGCAAACACCGUAGACACCUUUGACAAUAAGUGUGUCUACACAAAUAAGUUUAAGCGUAGUGUGAACAGAA